AUGGCUCUUCUCUGGACGGCGCUGCUGUGCGGGCUCCUGAAAGUCCAUGGGUCUCAGGCGACGGCGUCCAAGGUGAUACCAACGGCGCGUUGGGCCAUCUCAGAGUUUCGACGCGGCCGCGCGUUGCUACAGGGCACUGACGCCGUGGACGGCAUCGAGAGUGUCACGUGGUGCUUCGCAGCCUGUCUCAAGGUUCCUACGUGUCGCGCCUUCAACUACGGCAAGGGGGGCUGCCAGAUGCUGCAGCAGGAACUCUGCCACCAGGCUGGACUCAAGCUAACCGCCGAUCCACGCCUCAACUACUACGACUUGCAGGAGCGCGCCCUAGACGAGCGCAAGGGGCCUCUGUGGAACACGCCAUUUUGUUCGGAAGACGGUUUUUGUUCGCCCACGUGUGAGCCACUUCUGCACAUCCCACGCCUGAACGAGGUGUGUGAAAGAGACUUCGAGUGUCAGAUGCGCACGGGCCCGAUGGCGGUUUGCCGAAAGCGCUUGUGCAAAUGCGCUGAGGGUUACUUCAUAGCGAGCAACACGACAUGCGAAAAACUUCCGGUGGAGGGCUACUCGCUCUACCCGGGUGCUCUGGAAGGCGGCUACUUUAGGCUUUCCUCAACAGAGGCCAACUUCAGUCGAGCCUCGUCCGAAUGCUCCCUGGACGCCGGCGCGGAACUUGCCCACGUGGCCGAUGGAGACACCAACCGCUUCUUGAGGGAGCUCAUGCGACGCGCCAAAGUUCGCUCGGCAUUCAUCGGACUUACAGACGAACAACAGGAAGGCGCAUGGAUUUGGGUGGCCAAUGGUCAGCGGCUGCGCACCACGCAGUUCUGGCGUCCGGGAGCUCCGGAUAAUGCGAACGACGGGGAACACUGCGCCCAGCUGAGCAACGAGAUCGACUUCGGCUGGGACGACGUGGCCUGCUCCACGGAGGCCCACUACUUCUGUCAGUUGCCUCAUCCGAACUGA